AUGGCUGAAAAAAUGAUCCUCAGUUUUUUGGUGGAUGCAACUCUGUCUAGGGUGGCUUCGCUCAUCACAGAUGAAGUCAUCGGUGCUUGGAAUCUCAAGGACGACUUGAAAGGUCUACAGGAAUCCCUCACCAUGAUCCGUGAUGUGCUGCAAGAUGCAGAGGAACAACAAACCAAGAGAGAACCUGUGAAGCGUUGGCUGAAGGAGCUCAAAGAUGUAGCUGAUGAUGCUGAAGAAGUGUUUGAUGAGGUAUCGUACGAGGAUCUUCGACGGAAGGUUCAGAUGCAAGACCAACUUGGAAGGGAGGUAAGCAGCCUUGUUUCUUUCUCUAAAGGCACUCGUUACGCAAGAAAGGCUGCAUUGCAUAUCAAAAUGCUUCACAAAGUUAGGAAAAUAAAUGAAUCGUUGAAUAAGAUUAAGAAUGAAGCUAUGGGUUUUGGGCUUCAAGUCCUAUCUAGAGAUGGAACAAUGCCUCAAAUCAACUUGGAUCGAAUGACAGACUCGAUCCUUGACAAUCCAGUUGUGGGGAGGGAAGCUGAUUUCGUUAAAAUUGUAAACUUGCUGAGUUCCUGUGACCGAGUUCUUACCAUUGUUCCCAUAGUGGGCAUGGGCGGUAUCGGAAAGACAGCAUUGGCUAAAUUACUGUGUGAACAAGUUAUAGAAAGAAAGCUUUUUGAUGUCAAAAUAUGGGUCUGCGUUUCUGAUAACUUUAAUGAACAAAGAAUUUUGGGGGAAAUGUUGCAAACCGUCAAUGUAAAUGCGGGUGGAAUGACCAACAGAGAUGCAAUGCUUGAAGAGCUCCGAAAGGCAUUGGAGGGGAAAAAAUUCCUUCUUGUUCUUGAUGAUGUGUGGAAUGAGAGGAAUGAGGUAUCAAAUAGGUGGGAUGACUUAAAGACUCGUUUGGUAAGAAUUAGCCAAAACAAUGGAAAUGCUAUUGUUGUCACGACUCGUAGCGAGGAAGUGGCAUCAACAGUGGAGACUUCUACUAAUCAUAGGCAUACACUGCAUUUGUUGUCUGAUGAUGAAUGUUGGUCCAUUAUGAAGGAAGGGGCAUUUGAGAGUGGAGCAACAUCAAUACCCUCAAACUUAGAGGGCAUUGGAAAGGAGAUUGCAAAAAAAUGUAGAGGAGUGCCAUUAGCUGCUCAAGUUUUAGGCGGGACGAUGGGUUUUAGAAGGGAUAAGAAAGCAUGGUUGUCAAUUCAAAAUAAUAAUGUUUUGAAUGCAUCACAUAAGAAGGAAAAUAUUGAGUCUAUAUUAAAACUGAGUUGUGAUCACUUGCCUUCAAAUUUGAAGCGAUGUUUUGCAUACUGUUCGAUGUUUCCGAAAGAUUUUGAGUUUGAAAAGGAAGAAUUAAUUUGGCUUUGGAUGGCUGAAGGUUUUGUUGUGCCUUGUAGUGAAGAUGAAGGCAACAAGUAUUUCAAUGCCUUACUUCAAAAUUCUUUUUUCCUAGAUGUGGUAAGGGAUGAAUACGGGGAUAUUAAACGGUGCAAAAUGCAUGAUCUUGUGCAUGAUCUUGCAUUAUCUCUUUCAAAGUAUGAAACAUUGACUUUGAAAAUUUUUUCAACUAGUGAUGAUUUAUCUUCCGCUCGUCGUUUAUAUGUGGAUUGUCAAAAUGCAACAACUUCAGUGGCAUUUCCAAAAGGUGGUUCUAAGAAGCUGCGUAGUUUAUACACGAAUGGUAUUGUCUUUGAUGAUUCUUGGAAGUCGAAAAGCUUGCACACUCUAAAAUUGAAAGGUGCUAAUAUUGAAAAGGUGCCAUCUUCUAUCGGCAAGUUGAAACAUUUGAGAUAUCUUGACAUCUCAGAAAGUAAAAUCAAAGUGUUGCCUGAAUCCAUCACCAAGCUAUACAAUUUGCAAACAUUGAGAUUCCUUAGGUGCAAGUCACUCGAAGAGCUUCCUAGAAAUAAAAUAUGCAAUCUGAUCAGCUUGAGGCACAUUGAAUUUUCUUAUGAUAAGCAUAUGCCAUCUAAUGUGGGGAAGUUAGCCAGUCUUGAAAGAUUAUCCUUGUUUGCUGUGGGUGCAGAUAGGGGAGGCGGCAUUGAAGAACUAGAAUACUUAAACCAAUUAAGCGAGGAGUUGGAAAUAAAUCAACUCGAGGAGGUAAGAAACAAGGAAGAGGCUAAGAAAUCAAAUCUACAGGGGAAAAUGAAAUUGAAAGCCCUUGAAUUUCAAUGGAGUUUUGAAAGAGAAAGCAACAUCAAUGAUGAGGAAGUGUUGGAAGGCCUUGAGCCUCACUCAAACAUAGAGAGAAUAAAGGUAAGGAAUUAUAUGGGUACAAAGUUCCCGCUGUGGCUUUAUAGGAUGAAAAUUCUGAGUGAAGGUGAUUCUUUCACAGAAUUCAAUAAUUUGGUGGAACUUCAAUUGAUAAACUGUGAUAGAUGUGUAGAACUCCCAAGGCUUGGACAUCUUCCUCGUCUUAAAGAAGUUCGGUUUUAUGAAAUGCACAAGAUAAGGUGUAUAGGGAACGAAUUCUAUGGCAUUGACAGUGGAAGCACAAGCAAUGGAGGGAAAAUGUUUACGGCAUUAAAGAAAUUAUCUUUUAAUUAUAUGUGGAAUUUAGUUGAAUGGAAGGCACCACCAGUAGAUGAAGGAGGCGAAACAUCUGUAUUUUCUUGCCUUGAAGAAUUGUGCAUAAAGAAUUGUCCUCUGGUGGCAAAAAUUCCAUUAAGUGAUAGUUCAUCGCUUGUGACAUUGGAAAUCGAAAAUUGUAACGAAUUGAGUUACUUAUUUGAAGAACUGCAAGUACACUCCUUCCCCUCUCUUAAAAGCAUUGCAAUUAGAGUGUGUCAUAAAUUAAUAUGUCUUCCAGGUGGACUGAAAUCCUUCACUUCUCUGGAAUCAUUGGUAAUAAGUGAUUGCAACCGCCUAAUAUCUGUUCCCGAAUAUUUGGGAGAUUUGCAUUCUCUUCGUCUUUUAGAAAUAACACACUGUAAAAGGUUGAGUUACUUUCCAGAGACAAUACUAGGCGGCCUCACCCGAUUAAGGGAAAUAAGAAUUGGUAAUUUCUCGGAGGAGUUGGAUUCUUUCCCUUAUCUGAUUGCAAUCCAAGACCUCCCAUCCCUUCAAUCCUUAACUAUAUAUGGCGACAGUAAUUUUUUGGUUGAUGGAGGUAGAAUAAAGUAUCUGCCAGAUCAACUUCAAAGCCUCACUGCCCUAAUCUCAUUGUCUUUAUCGUAUUUCAAUGCAGUGGAAGCUUUGCCGGAGUGGUUGGGCAACCUUUCGUCUCUUCAAACCCUGAAAUUACGGUUUUGUAAGAAUUUGAAGUAUCUACCUACAGCUACAGCCGUGCAACGCCUCUCCAAAUUAAGGAAGCUCGAGAUUAAUUAUUGUCCCCUUAGUGAAAAUUGUACCCAGGGGAGUGGCUCUGAGUGGUCCAAGAUUUCUCAUAUCCCAAAUGUAGAAAUAAGACGGUUGUAUUUGUGAAUUCUCAGCCAUUUCAACUCGUUCCAUCUGUUGACAUCCAUUGUUCCUGUCGGAUGUUGUUUAGUAAUAAAUGAUCAUCUUAUGGUUUUUGAAGUCUACACAAGGGUCGUUUGCAUUGAUCGAAAGAUUAUAAGAGAGAGUUUAGUUAUUUCCCAAGAAAAUGGACACUUUUGGAUUAUAAAGCAAUCAAAUGGACAGCACAUAGGCUAUCGCUCUGCCACCCGUUCACAUGUUACCAUCUCCUGCACUUAAUGUGUUUUUCAUUUCCAUUGGUACUAAGUAGGUGUGACUUGACUUGUUGACUCAUACGCUGUGCUUUUUCCAUAAUUUUACAAUACAUUCCCUUUAUGUAAUUUUGUAUUGAUUUAGAAUUUCACGAACUGCACAGUAUAGGUUCAUUGUACAAUAGUGAUUUCUACCAACUUCCAUUUAUGUAACCUUUCCCAUUGAUGGUGGCAUGGCUGAUAAUUCUUUCUGAAAUUCAAUGGGGAAUGGCUGCAAUGUGAGAAAAUGCAGAUAUUUUUCCUUGGCAUGUUUACUUUAUCAAAUGUUAUGUUCAUAUAGAUGACCUAGUGUUCCUAUAUCCUUAGCAGUCAAUUACAUGCAAAGGCGUUCAAUUUAGGAUUAAUAGACCUUAUGAUUAUAUGAUCACUGGUAAUUUGAUAUCCAAAUCCUCAAAUAUAUGAUCAUUGAUCAAGGAAGAAAGGGUCCCCUAUAUAUUCAUUUAAUCUUUCAUUUGUUGCUCAUUGGAUAAUUUACAUUUUCCAGGAAAUAGCAGGUUCUUUUUCCUAUCCAUUUUUUUUUCUAAAACUAGUACUUCCCAAAAUUGAAGUGGUUUAUAUUCCUUUUAGUCCAUGGUUCACUGGCUGAAGCUUUAGCAAAGGGAAUACAUAAAGCCCAUCAAAGGAAGAUGUGAUCUUUAUACCACCAUUUAUUUACUUUGAUUUGCUAAGAACUAUGUGCAUGAAUGUAUUUUCUUUAAUAAUUUUAAGUUUGUAUUUUCUACCUUAAGAAAGACUUUACAAUAUUAUAUAAUUUUUUGAGACAGAUAACGGGAAUGAUGCAGAUACAAAAGGAGAUUUUGAGUAAGAAUGGGUUUACUACACCAAGAAAGAAAAGACCGCAAGCUUCAUUUAUUUGUUUAUGAUGGAACAGAUAAAGACUUGCAACUAAAGAAGACAAGUAUGUCUUCAUUUGUGGUCAGUAUUGAAAGAAGCUUGUUUUCUAGAUUCUCUAUGUUAUCUUGGAUAGCAGAGGGCAGAAGAUCAUACUGACCUUUGUGCAGAACUUGCAGAGAUGUUUACAAAUACUGAGGUUUGUAAGUUUGUGGUGAAGUUUCUAAUGACAUAUAUGUUCCAGGGAAACACCUAAUUAUUUGCAAGUUCAUGCACUAGAAGAUACUGUUAACUGGUAUCAUUAUUACUAGCUAUCCAAUUGUCCUUACUAUCAAUUAAACAGUCUUACUUGAAAGAUCACUUCAUGUUUAUUUUUGCCGCAUUAAAUUUGCUAGCUCCAGUUCCACUCACUCUCGAGGUGAUUUCUUCACAAGGUAGCUUUGUAAUUUUAGGAAGAGAAAAUGUUGGAAGAUAGCUCUCUGCAUAAUUUCAUUGUAAUUCCAUGUUAUAAAAUCCCUCAUGACAUCAUCUACGUUGCUGGCUUCAGUUCCAGUCACUCCAAUUCCAUGUGAUAGGGACAUUUUAAGCUCCUAGUUCAUAUGCAAGAUUAGGAUUACUAAUGCGGAUAUGUUACUGUUUGUUAAAAACUUACUAUUUUGUGCAGUUCUGAUAAUCUUACUAAUUCUUAGAGAUUGUAGGAUGCAAGAUAAUUUCAGAUACACUUCUGCAACAUUUUCUCUGGAAUUUUCUACGUUCAUUUGAGCCGCAUGGGAAAGACAAAAAAAUUGUUGAGCUAAGUAGAAAGCGGCAGAAAGGCAAAAUGAAUGUAGAUAGUCUGUCAAACAGGUUUAGGACAGGGCUUGUUAUUGAUGAAAAAGGACUUCAAAGUACCAGUUACCAUGUUAGAUAUAAUUUCUUGUGAUUUGUGACAGUGAAGUUCUACUUGAUCCAUUGGAUGGCUAGAUUCCAUGAAUAGAAUGGAAAUGAGGCAGAAGAAUGAAAGAAAAAAGAACUUUGAAAAGCAUUUAUCAAGAGAAAGAUGGAUUCACUUCAGGAGAGCCUUGAUUGUGUAGCAGUUUGGUCAAUUAAAGCACAUCAAAUGCCAUUUAGUCAGACGAAACUUAUCAUUGAGAUAUGAAGAUGAUUCAAUUGUAGAUAGAUGCUGAGCCACAGUUAUUCCAAUAAAGGAAAUAAUGAGAAUGGUGAUGACUCAGAAAAGAAUAAGUUUACUGCACCAGGAAAGGAAUAGAAAAGAAAAGGGAAAGAUCUCAUUUUGGAAGGUUUCACUCAAUUGCAAAUUCUAUGUGUAGCUCGUGCACACUUGAAGAUACUUUAGACUGUGAUUUCCUUCACAAGGCAGCUAUGGAACUUAAGGAAGAGGAAAUGUUGGAAGAUGACCCUCCACAUAGUCCUUCAUGAGAUCAAUUCAGAUAAUCUUACUAUUUAUCAGAGAUUGCAAGAUGCAAGAUAAUUUUAGAAAUUGAGUAGAAAGCAUGUCUUUGGAGCUAUCGACUUUGCCCCAAAUGAAAGACAAAAAAAUAAUGCUUUGGAGGUCGAUAUCAUGCCCCUUUAUUAGCUCCUUACAGGAUUAUGAUUGCUAAAUUUUGAGUUCAAGCUGUAAGCCUAAACAGAAAUAGAGAUAAGUUUACAUAAACACUCGAGCUUUGAGCCUCGAGUUCUCAUCAUGUUGCCAACAUCCUUCAGCUAAAACUGACUAGAGGACCAAGAAAUGUCACUUUGCAAUUGGAAUCAUCAGAUGACAGAUGAUGGAAGAGAAUUAGUGAGUUCAAUCAGUAAGAGCAAAGAAAACUAUUGAUAACUGUUGUUUGUUAAACUUGAGCUUUAAACUCCCAUUUUGAAAGCAUCCUUCAAUUAAAGAUUGAUCGAAUGAACAAUUGAACUGGCUUUGCAAUAAGAACCAUUAGAAGAUGGAACAGGACUUUGUCCAUAGUGCACAAGCGGCUUUCCUUGUUAAAGUUGUUGUAUAUAUUGUUAGAUAUGAGAAGGAUGUGAAGUAAUUCAAUUUUUGCAGUAUUUUCAGGAUAAUCUUGAUUAUGGAAUUCUAUAAUGUAUGAUGCUAAACUUUGUUGCUUCUUACCUAAUGAUAUGAGUUGUAAAAUACAUAUUACACAUA